UGACUUAGGGGUGUGGUUGGAUAUAAACUCUGAGCCUGCACACACUUGCCUGGGUGCCCCUCAACCUCACUCCCUCCAUCCCUACAUUUUUCCUCCACUUUCCUCAUUUUUAAUCCUCUGCUUUCUGGUCUUCCACAAGCUGUGCAGCAGAAACAUCAGACAGAAAGCAUGCUAACUCUACUGGUGCUCACAUCUGUGGUGCUGUUCAGUGCAGCUCCCCAGUCAGAAGCUAUAGUGGUGUAUACUGGCUGGGAGAGGCAUGCUCUGGUAGGCUCAGAUAUCCGUCUUUCCUGCUCUUUCUUCUCAUGGCGAUGGACUUCUGAUGAUGUCACUUUCUCCUGGAGCUACAGGCCAGAUGGGGCAAAAGACAGCAUCUCUAUUUUCCACUACACAAAUGGAGUUCCCUAUGUAGACAAUAAAGGACCGUUCCGGGACCGCCUGGAGUUUGUGGGCAACCCAGCUCGUCGUGAUGGCUCUAUCCUGAUCCGAAAUCUGGACUUUGCUGACAAUGGAACCUUCACCUGUGAUGCGAAGAACCCUCCAGACAUAGUGGGCCGACCCUCCAGUGUACGACUUCUGGUAUUUGAGAAAAUCCCAAUUCAGGCUGGCGUGAUCACAGGUGCGAUUAUUGGUGUGGUUUUGGGUUUGCUGAUCUUGGUGGUGGCCAUCUACUAUCUGAUGCGUUUCCUGGUGGCCCGACGUGUCUUCAGUUUGAGUGUAAGCAAACAUGGCAAGAAAGGCAAAGGGAAAGAGGGAGCACAGCAAAAACAGAAACCAAAGGUUCCCCCCGUUUACCUCUCCUUCUAAUGGCUCGUUCUCGGUUCUCCCUUUUCCAUCUCUUUCUUCUUCUCUUCCUCUCUGCCGCUUUCUUGUUCUCAUUCUCCACUUCUGUUAAUCUUCACACCUUGCAUCAUAUAACAACACACUUUCUCUCUCUCUCUCUCUCUCUCUCUCUCUCUCGCUAUGGCUCUCUCUUGCUCUUUCUUUUUUCUUGCUCUCUUUCUCCCUCACUCCUGCCAUAGUGACUCUAUCCUCCCCUCCCCACACUCCCUUUCUCUCCCCAGGCUUCUGUCGUGGUGGAUCCUACCAAGCAGAAGGCGCCAGCAUCCGAGAAGAAGAAGCAAGAAACACGCAGAGAAAAGAAAUAGGGCUUCGCAAGCAGAGAGCUAGACCUCCAGGAACAAGUACCUGGAGAAGGCAAGAAAGACAGGAAAGACAGGGUUCUUAUGACGAUUGAGCUUGAACUCAUUAAACAGGAGCAGACAGGUGGAGGAGAAGAGAAGCCCAAACGUAGCCCUGCUGCUCUUCUCUCCAACCUGUCCAAGCUCUCACAAAAAAUCACUCUUGGCUGAGCGAGUGAAGGAUGCAAGAAGCAUGUAGAGGAGAGAAGGCCUUUAAGAGGAGGAAUUGGGAGGAUGAGUAGUCCCACAUCUGUAAAUUCAGUUUUAAGUGCAGAUCUGUGCUACAUGUUCACGGUGGACACACAGGAGCCAUUGAACACACCUUGUGCCACUGAUUUUUUUUUUUUAAUUACCCACUGUAUAAACCCCAUUUGGCAUCAAAAAGUAAAAACCCAUAAAUAUUACAGGCUGCUGUUUUAAGUAUUUAGGGCAAGAGCUAAAUGCUCUCACAACUCUUUAUAAUGACCAUCUCACACCACUGUGUGUGCACAUGCAUGCAAACAUACACUAAAAAUCCUUUAUUUUUUUUUGUCUGAUCCCCCCCGCUGAUCUCAGAAAAGUCACCCCCCAUUUAUCCCUUUUCCACUGACACUGUGCUGAUGUCAGAGCUAUUGUAAAAAAGAGCAAACCUUAUCAUGUAAUGGGUCGCUUUAACACUGCAGUCGAGCCAUUAGGUAAUCUGAUGUGGAUCUUUCCCAGUAAAUCUCACACACACACACACACACACACACACACACACACACACACACACACACACACACAAAAUAUAUAUAAUUGUGGAGGGUUGUACUUGACUUGAGGGUACUUGAGGGUAUUAUACAUUUUACUUUGAGAAUGCCUUUUGAGUCACAUCCCCCAGAAUAUUUACAUAGUACAAAGAUGUUAUCAUAGACAACAAAAUGGGCAAUAGAUGGUUUUUAAUGAUUUUCACUAUUCAUUCUAAGUGUGACUGGUGCUAGGAACUUUUAUUAGUACUAGCAUUAUACAAAUAAAACUUAUACCAAGCAGUGUAGUUUCAGUUUAAUUUGUUACAGUUGCUAGUAAAACAGUACCUCCUCCUUGGACUGACUGAUUAAUGACCAGGAUAUUUGAUUUUGUUUGUGAUUUACCAAUAAUCUUUAGAACCUCCUGCACCAGUCAUGUCUUUUUUUUUAAACAAGUUGCUCAUUAUGAAAUGGUGCUGGAAUCAGAUAUAUUUUACUGGUGGAGAAGCAACACUCUUUCCACUAAAUCAUAUGAGAUUAUUUGUAGCACCAGCACCUUGUUGAGGGAAAAGGUCUGUCUCUGUCCAUUAUUGAAUGCUUGGAAUAUCUGCUUUAACUGUUCCUUGUUUUUUCUCUUCUCCCCUCCCUCUCUCUUUUUAUGCUAUUUCUUGUCCUCUUCAUCUCUUUCUCUUUCUUUCAUUUAAAUCCCUUUGUAUUUCUGAUUUAUCUCACCAACUGCAUAAUGCCAUAAUCACUUGAUCCACUGGUGCUAUGGCAUCACCUGUUUUCACUCUAGGGUGGUCCUUCAAAGUAGCCAUGCCUACCUUUUUUAUAUUCAUUGCUUAAGGGAUAAACAAAAUAUAUAGGCCAAACCCAUGCACAAAAUGCACAAACAGAUACAUGAUCCAAUUCUAGAAAUCAGAAUCAAGGAAACAGUUCUGUCAUCAAAGACUUACACAUACUCAUCAUAAAUUUUUAGAAGAUUUUAUACUCCAGAGCAAUGUUCUUCACCACGUAGGCUUGAGGCUACUAGCGGCCCCUGGAGGGCAAACUAGUGGUGUCUGAGUGAAAUCCCCAACAUGAUAGAUAUGUUGUAUUUUAUGCAACUUCACCACUUGGUGGAACUACUUCAAUUUUAGCUUAGAGGUCAGCUAUGAUUCAGUAACAUGCUCAUAUAAAAUGCAUAAAGUGAAAUUGCAUCAAGAUUGAUUCUACCUAUCCAUCAUUUAAACUGAACUAUUGCCCCCUGACUCUUUUUGGGGUUGGUUUCCCCCUUCUAAGGAAUUUACUGAAACACAUUGUUCUUGUACAAUGUACAUUUGCAAUGUUCAUUUUAAACUCAUGCAGCAUAUAGCUGCUACACCCAUAACAGAAGUGUGUGCUUGCAUGUGUGUUUUGCUCUGACUGCAGUGACUGAAACCCUCAGAAUGAAGUUGAUACUGCUAGCAGAGUUUGUGCGUGCGCAUGCGCACGUACACACACACACACACACACACACACACAUGAACAGAGGAGGGGACUGCAACAGAGUCACUGUUUAAAAAAAAACACAAAAGACAAAACUAUGUUAAUUCAAACAGAAUCACUCUAAUUCUUUGACCCCCUUUAAUUUUCAUUGUCCUUUUCACUGAUUUCUUUGACCUGAGGUGAGCAUUUAAUUUUUUUUUUACCCCUUCCCCUCAACACACAGCACACCAUUUCAAGAUACCAUGUUGUGUUUCCAUUAGUCUUCCUUUCAUAAAACCUCCAUUCUUCCACUCCUUUACCAUCCUUCAUCCAUCUCUCGCUCCUGUUGGUUUGAACACUGUUCAUUCCUGCUGCCUCCUGCCCACAACAAGGACACUUUUGUUAGGCCUUCUGACGACGCGAAAGCCAAAAUGCUAAUAUAGGUACCUAGCUCUCUGCUGACUGCGAAAGAUGAAUUUCUUUUCCCAUGUUUGUGUGCAUAUGUUUAGUGCAACAACAUGUCUAUAACUUGUCAAAAUAUUAAGAGAACAAAACAUUGAAGCAAAAAAUGGAUUAAAAAAUGGAUUAUGUCUUUGUAUGUAGCUAAUGCUAGUUAUGACAUACCAUGCAAUAGUUUACUGGACCUGUGUGGAAAACAGAAAUGUAAUUUGUAUUUAAUGAUAUUUAUAUAUGCAUUUUUGACUGACAUGGUAGGAUUCAUAUGGCUUUAUUUUCCUUUUUCUUUUUUUCUUAUCACAGUCUUUGUAUUCUAGGCUAUAGGAAGUAAUAGUGUGGAAACCAGCAUGGCAUGAAGUCAUUAAGUUAGUGAUUGCAUAAAAUGUUAUAACCUGCAUAAAAUAUUUAUAAUCUGGAACAAGGACUUGGGGGAAUUCACAUUGAAUUGAAACAUCAAGCCAAAGUCCAUUGAACAUCACAAUCAAUCAAGAUAUGAUUCUCACACCAAGUCUUUGUCCCUCAAACACACUGUGAGCUAUGGACGGGUUUGGAUUCUGAACAUUGUAGGGGUUAAGUGUGUAAGACAACUGUAAAGUGCAUCUAGGAAGUGUAGGGUUGCUACACACUUGAUUGAAAGUCAGAUGCUUUUUAUGCAUUUCUGAAUAGAUAUAGAACAGCUACCUGCUUUUCUCCAUUAAUCCUACAUUAAAAUAUGAAAUCAUUUACAAGUUGUAUGUAUCAUGUACUUGUAUAUGUAUUAGUGAGGACUUCUGAUAACUCUCUCUUUCUUCAAAUGCAUUUUUCCAGUUUCUAAUCCUUUAUAUGUUUAAUUUGGUGUUAACCUCACUAGGAUAUUAGAGUUUUUUGUUAAGUAAAAUGUAUUGUAAAAAGGAAAUAAAGCUUGAAUUAAAAUCA